AAAAUGCAUUUUUCCCUCUAAAAAGUAAAAUACCCAACAAAAAGGGAACUAUCCCAAUUAAAAAAAUACACACAAACAUCAGAAAAGUAUCAUCCAAAAUUCCGUUUCCUAUCUUCUUCGGCACGCGCUCUUCAGUCGCGUGGGCCUCUUCUCCCAGCUCCUCGUCCAACUAUAUAAAGUCGUUCACCACCGCCAUUUUUCCUCUGCACUUCAAAAAAACAUCCCCUUUAGCUUUUACAAACUCAAACCAAGAUGGCCGAUAACAACUCCCGCCGGAAAUCUAAAACCAAGCCGUCGGCCACGACGACGACGACCACCACCACCAGCGACGACGGCGGCUUCUCCGACGAAGGCGACGCCGAGGUUUGGGCCUCCUUUGACCAGACUUUCCGGCAGGUCCAAUCGGUGCUGGACAGAAACAGAGUCCUGAUUCAGCAGGUGAAUGAGAACCACCAAUCUCGAGUUCCAAGUAACAUGGUGGACAACGUGGCCCUCAUCCAAGAACUCAACGGCAACAUCUCCAAAGUGGUCUCUAUGUACUCUGAUUUCUCCUCUGAUUUCUCCUCUUCUUUCAGAAAUGGCAAGAGAGGCAGCAGCAACCAAAAUGGUUGAACAAGGCUUCAAUUCAAGCCUCCCCCAUUUGUCCAUUUUGUCAAGCAUUUCCCUUCUUCCUUCUUCUUCUUCUUCUUUCCAUCUCCUUCAACAAUUUGAGUUGUGGGCUGGUUAGAAUAAAUGCUGGGUGGGUGUGGUGUGGUGUGGUGUCAUGUGUAAGCUUGUGGUGGUGUUUUUUUUCUCAUUAAAAAUGUGUCUUCUUUUCUAUGUAACAGUUAAUGCAUGCAUGCUUUCCAUCAACAUCAUUAUCUAA